GCCGCCAUAAAGCUUCUACACCCGAGGUUGCCUUCUACAACCGCACAGGGCCUGUCUUUCCAAUCCGCAGACCCACCGUCCCGCAGCAGUAUGUCGCCUCCACGGAAACUGCCAGCAAUCGAUCCAGCCAGGAGUCCAGCUUUCUCUAUAGCAUGAUUUCACAGCCCUCGGUCUUCCCCCAGCACCACCACUCGUCAAGCUUUGGCGUAACGGCGUCCUUUGACACAACGGCUGGCUCAGACGACAUCAGUAGCGAUGAAGAAUACCGGUUUCGUCACAACAACACAGCCACCACGGCCACCACGACCACCACUGCUACCACCGCCUCUGCCAACACUUUCAUCCCCUCUGGCAGCGCCACUGGCAGCGCCACCAACACCACGGUCAACCCGCGCGUGUUCGAGCCCAUGGUUCUGCGGCCACACCACACGCUCAGCAGUCAGGAGGCGCUGGGGAUGAUGAUCCAGGGGUUCUCGCCGCGGUACAAGGGUGACCCGCUGCUGGAGCGCAACCGGUCGGCGGCAAUCCCGCCCGACGCGAACUGUAGUUUGUUCGUCAUCGGGCUGGCGCCCGACCUGACCACGCGCGACCUUCUCGCGGCCAUCCGCGACACGGGUCGCGUCUACGCCACCCACAUCAACCCGCCCGAGAUGAGCCGCGGCCACGCCACGUCGGCUGCCAAGAUCAUCUUUUUCGAACGCGCCGCUGCUGAGCGCUUCUACAACCGCUUCGCCGCCGACGGCUUCCUGCCAGGCAACACGGGCGCACUCUCAACCACCAUCCCCACCACCAAUGACCCUAACACACUACCAACAACAGCCAGCGCACCAUUCUACAGCGGCCGCGUAGUGUGGAACCGCAUCCGCUCGGCCGAGACCGACGCGGGCGGAUGCAAGUCGCGCGUGCUGCUGAUCAGCGGGCCGGCGGCGCUGGUCAGCGAGCCCGUGCUGCACGCGUACUUUAGCUCGAAGAUGGAGUACCAGGUCGACGAGGUGCGGCAUCUCGGGUUCGCUGAUAUGGGUGACCAAAGUGGUGGGCACCGCGCGCUCGUCGAGUUCCGUUUUGGGAGCUACCGCUGCCAAGCCGAGGCGGCGCGCAUGGCGCUCUCGCGCGAGUUCAAGGAGUAUGGUGUUGUUUGCGAGUUUGGACGAGACCCGUGCGACCGCAUUGACCCACCGCCCGGGUCAGGAUACGAAGAGCGGGUUUAGGAACCAGGUUGUCUUUUAAUUAACCAAUCAUCUCUCGACAGUCGACCGAAAGUCCCGAGUCUCGAUCUCGGGCAAGACUAGUGGUCACCCUGGCCGAGUUGAAUCUUUGAAAUUGAGGUGCGCGAGUUAUCAACUCUCUGCCGGGGAAACCAAAGGAAACAUAUGAUUAAGUAUUCAGAGAUGGACUUUGGAGUCUUUCUAUUCCACUGGGGCGGGAGCUGGCUGUCAUCAUCUCUGUCAAUAAUAUAGGAGACAGGGAUGUAAGAGUUUGGGGUCGGCCGGUGGGUUCUUUUACGAAUUUGGCUGAUCAUGUCCUUUGGAUUCGUC